AUGAUCAAUCGUUUGCUGAAAAGGCUCCCGAGUAGAUUAUUUACCACUAUGUCUCAGGAUACUGCUUCCACUAAUGCUGCUUCUGCUCCAAAGAGCAACAAGCUUCAAGUUUCUUUGAAGACUCCAAAAGGUACCAAGGACUGGGCUGAUUCCGAUAUGGUAAUCAGAGAAGCCGUCUUUGGUACUUUGUCUAACCUUUUCAAACGUCAUGGUGGUGUUACUAUCGAUACCCCUGUUUUCGAAUUGAAAGAAAUCUUGGCAGGUAAGUAUGGUGAGGAUUCUAAAUUGAUUUAUGAUCUGAAAGAUCAAGGUGGUGAAUUGUGUUCCUUGCGUUACGAUUUGACCGUUCCAUUCGCCAGAUAUGUUGCUAUGAAUAACGUCCCCACUAUUAAAAGAUACCACAUUGCUAAAGUUUACAGAAGAGAUCAACCGGCAAUGACCAAAGGUCGUAUGAGAGAGUUUUACCAAUGUGACUUUGAUAUAGCAGGUAACUACGAAUCUAUGGUUCCUGAUGCUGAAUGUCUUUCCAUCCUAGUGGAAGGUUUAACAGGUUUGGGUAUUAAAGAUUUCAAGAUCAAACUUAACCACAGAAAGAUUUUAGAUGGUAUUUUCAAAGUUUCUGGUGUUAAGGAUGAAGAUGUGAGAAAGAUUUCAUCUGCUGUUGAUAAAUUGGACAAGACUCCUUGGGAAACUGUCAAGAAGGAAAUUACCGCGGAGAAGGGUCAAACUGAAGAAACCGCCGAUAAAAUUGGUGAAUACGUUAAAUUGAAUGGUACCUUGCAAGAAAUUUACUCUAUCCUAUCAAAGGAUCCUGUUCUAACUUCGAAUGAAUUGGCAAAGCAAGGUUUAGAUGAGAUUGCCACUUUGAUGAACUUCACCAACGCAUUCGGUAUUGAUUCCUACAUCUCUUUCGAUCUAUCUCUAGCAAGAGGGUUGGAUUACUACACUGGGCUAAUUUACGAAGCUGUCACUGCAGCAUCUGCUCCUCCUGAAGAAGCUGCUGAAUUGAAAAAGAAGGCUAAAUCUGAGGAUGAUGCUUCCGCCUACGUCGGUGUUGGAUCCAUCGCAGCAGGUGGUCGUUACGACAAUUUAGUGAACAUGUUCUCCCAAGCUUCUGGUAGAAAAUCUAACCAAAUCCCAUGUGUUGGUAUUUCCUUUGGUGUUGAGAGAAUCUUUUCUUUGAUCAAACAGAGAACUUCUUCCGCCGACAUUAAACCUACUGCCACCCAAGUGUUUGUCAUGGCAUUUGGUGGUGGUAAGGACUGGACUGGUUACCUACCUGAGAGAAUGAAGGUUGCCAAACAGUUGUGGAAUGCUGGUAUUGAAGUUGAAUAUGUUUACAAAUCUAAGGCAAACCCAAGAAAACAAUUCGAAUCUGCUGAGAAAUCUGGUGCACCUUUGGCUGUUAUCCUUGGUAAGGAAGAAUACUUGGAGGGCAAAUUGCGUGUUAAGAGAUUAGGUCAGGAAUUUGCCAAUGACGAUGGUGAUUUGGUCAACGCUGAAGACAUCGUCGAUGCAGUUAAGGAAAAAUUAAGCAGCGUUCAUAAGGAUGGUGUUGAUGAAGUGACGAGACUAAUUAGAGGUAUAUGA